UGCAGAAUCUAGUUGACAGAAUGCGGCAACGCUUAUUUGAUGACUCAAAAGAUAGCACAAUGCUAGAAGAUCUUCAGGUGUUUGAUGAAGUGUUCAAAACGGCAACUAAUGACGCCAAGGGAGAAGAUGAAGUUAAAAUAGUAUCACGGAAAUUAGGUUUAUCCAAAUUUGAAAGUGUAGUUGACUUCCGUUUAAGAAAUGCUUUAUCAAGUUUCAUGAAGGCGUUAACCGUACUCCCGACUUCAACAGCUGAUUGCGAACGAGGAUUUUCAGAUAUGAACUUGACAAUAACUGAUUUGAGGACUAGUUUAAACAUCGAAAAUGUGUCAGAUUUGAUGUUCAUCUCUACUAAUAGCCCUUCAGUUGCAGAUUUCAAUCCACGACCUUAUGUGAAGAUUUGGUUGAAAGAUCACCGUUUAGCAGUUUCAGCUCUACAAGAUGAACAUUACGAGCAGAUGGAAGAUAAAGUUGAAUGGACAUGUGUAGCCAGCAAAUGUAUAACACCGAGGUAA